GAAUAGAAUGGAGAGCUGCUCCAGAUUAUAAACUCAGAUUAGCAGUCUGUCUCCCAGCCCACACUGAGCUCAGACUGAGUUUGUGGUAAAAACGGAGCUACAAGUAAGCAAUAUCCUUUAAGUGUGUGAAAGAAUCGAAUGGCAGACAUUUGUCCGAGUUGAAAUUUAGGCCAUUGAAGGGCUACAAUACUGUACUGUAUCAUGUCCAAUUCGACCAAAUAAAACAUUAGUUUUUUGGUUUUAAUCUUAAAUCUUAAAGUUGUUCAUCAACAGCAACGUUGUCACUUCAUCUCUGAUCUCUCCUCGGUUGAAUUCUUAAGUGGCUAGUUUGAAGUCUUUAAAAAAAGAAUACAUAUUUUAGUUUUUUCUUAUUUCUUUUUUAUCCUCUCUCUCCCUAAACAAGCCCUAGCAGCUUCACCCCACUCCCUCCAUCCCUCCAUACUGAAAUGUACUGUAACAAAACAAAAAUGUCAUUUUGUCUGACCUAAAUCAGAGGGUGUCUGAGCCAUGAGCUUAUUACAUAGUGUGCUUAACUUGUGUUGUGGAGGAGGGCUGGGGUAUUAUUAUCUUUUAGCUACCCACCCUGCUAUAAAACCCGACAUCUCCACAUUGCAGUAGUGCUGCUCUGCUCUCCCUCCCUACUGUGAAUCUGACAAGCCUGCCUUCUCUUGCUCAACUCCACUAUUGCUUUGCUCACCAGCCUGUUUAAACCUGACAGGGACACCCACACUUCUCUCCGCUCCGAUGUUCUACCGUUCCACUCUACUAGCAGUUCCUUAUCUUUGUAUUGGUGUUGGAAGAGUGGAUAUUCCCUGUUUUUGUGAAUGGGCAUCCGAUGCGAGGUAGUUGUGACUGUGAAUGUACUGACUGACCGACCGACUGACUGACUGACUGACUGACUGACUGAAGGACGGACUGACUAUCAUCUUUGGGUACUCUACUCUGAAGCAGCAAUGUGGCAGGUCACUGGACAUCACUGGUAGACUUGGAAUAAUAAACGAAAAAGGAAAGGAAGUAAUUAAGAAGUAAGAGAAGGAGAGGAGAGGAUGGCCCACACAGAGGAUGACCUGAUCGGGAUUCCGUUCCCCAACCACAGCAGUGACGUUCUGUGCUGUCUCAACGAGCAGCGCCGCUCCGGGUUACUCUGUGAUGUAGUCCUCGUUGUACAAGACCAUGAGUACCGUACCCACCGCUCGGUCCUUGCCGCCUGCAGCCAGUACUUCAAGAAGCUCUUCACCGUGGCCUCUGACGGAAGGGACCAGCAUGGGGUGUUUGAGAUAGACUUUGUGGCCCCCGAGUCGCUGACUGCAAUCUUGGAGUUUGCUUACACAUCCACGCUGACUGUGACGGCGUCCAACGUAAAGGAGAUCCUUCGAGCGGCUCAGAUGCUGGAAAUUCCCUGCAUCAUAAACGUGUGUCUGGAGAUUAUGGACUCUGGUGAGGGAGGAGGUGGAGGUGGAGGAGGAGAGGAGGAAGAGGAGGAGGAUGUAGAAGAAGAGGAGGAAGAUGAUGAAGAGGAGGAUAAAGACAUGGAGGAGGAUGAUGAGUCAAGGAAGGACGAGCAGGAGGAUAACGAGGAGGAUAAUGCCAGUGAGAGGUCAAUGAGGUCGUCAGAGAGUCAGGACCAGGUCGGGUCAGAGAGAGGAGCAGCUCUCAGUCCACCCAAUACCUCCCAGUACCAGCAGCAGUACGAGCUGCAGCAGAAUGAGAGGAAGUGUCGGGACACAGACUCUCAGUGUGAGAAACCCCGGCAGGAGCAUGAGAGCAUGGAGAGCCGAGCCCUCAAAGACUUUUCCAUUGAAUCCCUGCUACAGGAAGGGCUAUACCCUAAAAUGCCAUCAGUCCUGGACAGGAGGGCUAACUUUUCCCCUCUGCUCCCUGGCUUCUACCCUCCCAUGUGGGCCGCAGAUUUCCCAGGUUUCCUCCAAAAGGUUCUAGACCCCAACCACCAUGCCCAGACUCCCCGCCCCUCCUACCCGCCCCAGCUGGACAACAGACCCCUAGACCUAGUUGUGAAACGAGAGAUCAUCAAGGAGGAGCUAAAGGAGGAAGUCCCGCCCAGCAUGCUGCAUGGGGACUUCCUGAAAAACUUCCUGAAUUCCGGCCUAUCGGGGAUGGGAGUUGAGAUGGGGGUGGUACGGUCCGAGGGGUCUCACCUCCAUCUGGGCCAGAUAAAGGACGAGGCAGACUUCCGCUCCUACAUGGGCUUCCUGAGCACGUCAAGCCACCUGGGGGCGCUGUUCCCUCCCUGGCAGCUGGAGGAAGAGCGGAAGAUGAAGCCUAAAGCCUCCCAGCAGUGUCCUAUAUGUAACAAGGUGAUCCAGGGGGCAGGGAAACUACCCAGACACAUGAGGACCCACACAGGAGAGAAACCAUACAUGUGCACCAUCUGUGAGGUGCGAUUCACCAGGCAAGACAAACUGAAGAUCCACAUGCGAAAGCACACAGGCGAGCGCCCCUAUAUCUGUCUUCACUGUAACUCCAAGUUUGUUCAUAACUAUGACCUAAAGAACCACCUGCGUAUCCACACAGGGGUGCGGCCCUACCAGUGUGAGCACUGCUACAAGAGCUUCACACGUUCAGACCACCUGCACCGCCACAUCAAGAGGCAGAGCUGCCGCAUCUCACGCCCUCGACGGGGCCGCAAGCCGGCCGCUUGGCGCUCAGUCAACAACUUCCUGCAGGGCCCUCCAUGCUCGGCCAAUCACCACGAGGGCGGCAAGAUGCUGACUGAGAGGUCGGGCGGAUGCCGGCUUCUGCCCUCCCAUGGGGGAGUUAGAGGUCAAAGUCUGAGCCUUGGGGAGAGAGAAAGACAGGACCUGGGUCUGGGUGGUAAGAAGCUGAGUUAUAAGGACUUGGACAGUGACAGCAGAGAGAGCAGAGAGAGCAGGGAGAGUCGGGAGGCUCGGCACCGGUCAGACAGGAAGCAAGUGUUGGACGAGGUGGAGAUGGAGAGACAGAGGGGCGUGUUCACCUUUGCCCUGGCAGGGCCUGGGGAGGAAGUCCUUACCCACCCUCCAUUUUACAUCCCUGACCCCUGGACCAUGAGACUGGAGAACCACACCCCUAAUAUCCCUGAACCGGCAAACUAAACAUUUUCCAACUGACACUUCCAAAUGAUAGCUAACUGACACUUCAUUUCAGAGUUCUAAGAAUCGCACAGAACACAGAGAGUUCUCUGUCUGGUAGAUUUCCAACCUGCUGUUUAGAGAUUUAAGGGGAGUGAUGUCUGGGAACAUAAGUAUAUAGAAAACAGGGUAAAUACUUGGAAAACAGUUGAUGUUAAACAUCUCAGAUCAAAAUCUUUUGAGCUGCCAUCUUUACAAUCGCAAGGAUUUUGAUAAAACUUUUAAUUUGGAGAAGUAAAACUGGACAAAUACAUUUUAUAUGUUCCAAAAGUACUAAAUUGAAAAACAUUAUACUCUCAGGACAUGAAAUAACUGUUUAUUUUUGGAUUAUUAAUGUAAACGUGUAAUUCAUAGUGUAAUUAAUUAAACCUUUUUUUAACUAGGCAAGUCAGUUUAAAAACAAAUACUUAUUUUCAAUGACAGCCUAGGAACAGUGGGUUAACUGCCUAUUCAAAGACAGAUUUGUACCAUUGGGGGUUUGAACUUACAACCUUCUGGUUACUAGUCCAAUGCUCUAACCACUAGGCUACCCUGCUACCCCACUAAGCUACCCUACCCUAACAUAUGGCAAUACGUUGUUUCCUAAAUUCCCAGUCAAUAAAUGAAUAAACUCAUAAGCUACAAACUACGGAUUCCAAAUGUACCCAAAGUUUCAGACUUUGGGUACAGUGCUAAUAAACAGGGUAGUAAGCCACCGAAGAACAUUCAAAACCAUGAGAAAUUAUUCACUUGACAAAAAUAAUCUACAUCGAAAACUUGUUUUUACCCUUGUAAUGCAUUGUUCUCAGAUUUUGUCUGCACUAUUGUAAAUAUAUACAAAUGUUUUAAAUAAUUUGACCAUAGUUAUGUUGAUUAUUGUUGUAUUAUAUUUGUUGUUGUUUUUUAUAGUUGAUAACCCCUCCAAAGAUGUGGAGUUUGAUAUUGCACAAACUUGAAUAAGCCUUGUGUUACAUUGCAUACAGUAUGUUCUGUGUUUCUUCUAAAGACCAUGUUGUGUAAAUAAUUUGUGAAACAGAAAGAUUAUUGCUUUAGCUAUGUCACCUGCUGGUGAUUUGAUUGCUGCAGUAAGACAUUUAAAAAGGGUUUCUACCCUAUUUUCAUAUACAGUUUGCUUUCUGAUCUGUGUGUAAAUGUUGUUAUUCACAAUUAUUUGAAUUGAAAUGGGAAACUAUUUUCUUGGUAUUUAUGCAUAUUUAAAUUAGCCUUGGCUAUAUUUUGCAAAUAUGUUGUUUUAUAAAGACACUAAAUGUUGUACUCCCGUGGGUCUGGGAGUUUAAAUUCUGGUUGUGUGUGUGUGUGUGUGUGUGUGUGUGUGUGUGUGUGUGUGUGUGUGUGUGUGUGUGUGUGUGUGUGUGUGUGUGUGUGUGUGUGUGUGUGUGUGUGUGUGUGUGUGUGUGUGUGUGUGUGUGUGUGUGUGUGUGUGUGUGUGUGUGUGUGCCCAGUGAGCGUGAGAGAGCGCGCUUUUGGUGCAAAUCUUUCAUAACUGGAAAUAUGGUUUGGAUGCCAUUUUAGAGAACGACACUCAACAUCCUCAAUCAUCUAUUGAGCUAUAGCUUGUAUUCAAACAUCAAUAUUAUAAUCACUGUCUUCAUAAAAGCAUACACAACACCUCGACGUUGCUAUCAAAAUAAACUGGUGAUGAUAAUAUCACCAUGAAACAUCAAAUAAAUUGGAUGCCUUGACAUUGUAAAGAUUUUACAUAAAUGUAUACUUUUCCAAAUAAAUUAGGGCUAUGGAAUUUUGACAUUUAAAGAAUGUUAUUUGAUUGUUGGAUAAAAAUAUACUUGCAUUAAACGUUUAUAAUGCUGUAAAACAGUAUUGUGUUGAACACUUUAGUUAAUGUUCUUUACAGCUGGUCUUCUUCGUCUGAAUUUAUUUGACUGUGCAAAUAGAAGUUCAUCCCUUAUAUUUGUAUUUUUUUAUUUCACCGUUAUUUAACCAGGUAGGAUAGUUGAGAACAAGUUCUCAUUUACAACUGCGACCUGGCCAAGAUAAAGCAAAGCAGUGUGAACAGACAACAACACAGAGUUACACAUGGAGUAAACAAUAAACAAGUCAAUAGCACAGAAUAAAAAAUAAAUAAUAAAUAAAUAAAUAAAAAUACUAUGAAGCUCUUAUUGUCUCACUGCAAAAUUAGAUGUUUGUCCAUGUUUCUCCAAAUUUUGAUGUGUUCGUUGACACCGCACUGCCUGUCACUGGGACAGUGAGUCCUAGAAAAACCCAAGCCUACUUGAUGGUAAUAGUGCUCACCAUUGAGUUGGAAAGGCAAGUCUUAAUAAAUGCCUAAAGUGAACCUUGGAGUUUAUAUGUUUUAAUCCUAUCCCAUCCUAUCCUUAAUUUAACCAAUCGGAAUGGAUGCCUGACUUGUUAACCAAUUAGAAUUAAUGCCUGAAUUCUUAACCUAUCGGAAUUAAUGCCUGAAGUUAAUUAAUCCUAUCCCAAAACUUAAUCCUUAAUUUAACCAAACAGAAUCAAUGCCUGGGUUGUUAAUCAAUCAGAAUGGAUGCCUGAAGUUAACCCUAGAGUUGUUUCUGUAGCCCAACCCUUAAGCAGCAGAGUCCUGUUUUAUAGACCUGGGUUCCAUUCCAGCUUUUUGCCCCUAGUGGAAGGUUUUGCAGGGAGUUUCCUUAUGUCUUGAGGACCUUCAAAAACAUCACAUUUCGACUUGAACCUGGAGUGAUCUCACUGUAUAUGCAUGUAACUGUGACUCCCUAUAGAGGUCUGUGCAGGACUGAUUAAAAGCCAAUUUAUAAUUGAUCCAAAAAUGUGGCCAGAGGCUUAGUAUGGAGGGUGUGAUGCAAUUGUGGAGCCUCCGCCAGCAUGCAGAAACCAAAUCAACCUCCAUACUGCAUCCCUGUGCGCCUCUCAAACUUUAUUAGAGGAGCUGCAUGGUCAAUCUAACAUCUGCAUUGGCAGUGCAGCAUUUACGAUGAUACGGGCUCUGCAGAAGUUAUGGCAUUCAUACUUCUUGUGCUUUGCAGAACAGCGCAGAGCUGUUGAUCUGAGCUGUUGUGAAGGAAGUGAGUUUGUGUUCAUACAGGACCUCCCGCCCCCACCUACAUGUCAAUGUGGGGGUAUAUGGAGCCCUACACAUUGUUACAAAAUUUGGGAGUCUGUCAUUUAUACUCCCUCUUCGGUCUCUCGGUCAUCAGGCUGCUGAUUAUCCCGCACACCUGGCACCAUCAUCUCGUGCACCUGCGCCUCAUGAUCCUCCCUGUAUCUGUCACUCCCCUUGGUUCUUUCCUCAGGUGUUAUUGACUCUGUUUUCAUGUCAGCGCUUUGUUUGUGUUUCGUGUUCAUUGUUUCUUUUAUUUAUUAAAACAGUCACUCCCUGAACUUGCU